AUGGAAGAGGGGGUCACAUAUGCCGAUCUUCGCUUGCCGCCCACACCAGCUCCUCAGCAGCCAGUGCGGCUGCCCUGGUGCUGGGCAGCCCUCAGCCUGGCUCUCCUCUCCCUGCUGCUCCUCCUGGCACAAAUCAUCCUUGUUGGCUUGAGCUUCCACUAUUUAGGGCAACAAGCAAGCUGCACCCGUAGUCCCUGGAGUAUGGAGGAGAGCAUCAGCUGUCAGCAACAGACAGUGCGAGGGCAAUGCCAGUUCUGCCCGGCCGGCUGGCUCUGGGAUGCGGGGCAGUGCUACUACUUCUCCUCUGCCAAAAAGACGUGGGAGCAGAGCAGAGAGGACUGCUGCUCCAGAGGGGCACAGCUGGUCACCAUCCAAGCCAACACCACCCUGGCUUUCCUGGUGCGCACAGUCAACAUGGAAGUCUUCCACGUUGGGCUGAAGCGGGAUGGCUCCAGGUCUGACUGGAAGUGGCUGGAUGGCACCACACUAAAGAGGUUCUUCCCAAUCCAGCACACCACCAGAUCCUUCCUGGCCUGCGGCAGGGUGUCAGGCUUGGGGCUGUCAGGUGGUCUGUGUGGGGAAGCCCUCGGAUGGAUCUGCAAGCAGCAUGCAGCCACCCUGCAGUGGCUUCGGUCCUCUCCUCCCACCUUCCUCUGGGGAAACACCACCUACACCUGUGUGGGGUCCUGA